UACUGAUGUAAAUAAGCUUAACAUUUUUGCAGGGUUUAUAAACUGCACAAUAAGAUUAAAUCAGUUCCGAUUUCUGUGUACUAGAUCCAACAUCCUUGUUCCAAAGAAGAAGAUUGAUAGAAUUCUGUGCUAUCUGUAGUUCUGCUAGCAAAAAAAUUAAAUGGAGUGGCCAGUAAUCAUCAUUACAUUGUUUGUGCUGUGGGUGGCUUCACUCUUUAAAAUUCUCCACGAAUCUCUCUCUGCCUCACAAGCUGCAGUUCUAAAUGAUGGUGGAGUAUUUCACAACAGAAAUGUCUUAUUGGUUAUUGCCCAUCCUGAUGAUGAGUCUAUGUUCUUUACUCCAACCCUUAAUUAUUUAUCUUCGAGAGGAUGUAAUUUGCACAUAUUAUGCAUGUCAACAGGUAAUGCAGAUGGUAUGGGCAAUGUCAGAAAAGAAGAACUUUAUUUAGCUUCGAUUGUACUUAAGGUUCCACAAAAGCAAGUGAAAGUCCUUGACCAUCCAGAUCUACAGGCGUUCUCUAAUAAUUUACUCAUCUAUGUUCUAACACCUAGUUCUGACAGAAAAAUCUUAUUAUGUUACCUUAUCAUCUCAUGGACAUUUGUUUUCCAGGUCAUAACUUUUGAUAAUUAUGGAGUCUCAGGUCACUGUAACCAUCAAGACGUUCAUCAAGGUGUACGAAAACUGUUACAAGAUACUUCACAUAAAGAAGUUGACGCCAAAAGAACCCCUUUUAUAGGUUAAACGAGCCCAAAGCAGGU